CACUACGUUCUACGUAAUUAAUAAUAAUACGUGUAAAGUGUGUUGACAAUAGUCUGUUUUUUCAAAUCAGUUCUUGGCUUAGCACAGAUCAAGUGUAACUUAGCAGGAAUAACUUUAAGAAACAUAUUUUACCUACAAUGGCUAAAGAAGGGAAUGUACCACGACUCGUGCUUUACAUGCAUGACGCUAGCCCUCCAUCAAGCGCUGUCAUAAUGCUUGGUGACAUACUCGGCCUCCAGUUCGACUACAAGAAGCCAAAUUUACUUAAUUUGGAACAUAAGUCUCCCGAAUUCAAGAAGAUUAAUCCAAUGGGAACUAUUCCAGUACUUGAAGACGGCGAUUUCAUUGUUUCUGAAAGUCAUGCUAUAAUGAAAUAUCUGAUCGCUAAAUACGGAGGAGAUUAUCAAGAGAAGCUCUACCCCAGUGACGUGAAGACUAGAGCUCUCAUCGACCAGAGCCUGUUCUUCGAUACUGGUGUUCUCUUCAUUAGGUUAAAAGUCUUUGCGCUACCAACUUUAUUGCAUGGGUUAGAUGGACCAUCACCCGCUCAUCGAGCCGACAUUGACGAAGCAUUUUCAGUUGUGGAAGCGUAUCUGCAGAAGAAUAAGUACAUCGCAGCCGAUCAUCUGACUAUAGCGGACCUUUCGUUAGGGUCUACUGUCACUGCUAUUCAUGGUGUACACAAGGUCGAUGAAAAAAGGUUUCCAAGAUGUACAGAGUGGCUAGCGCUGCUUAACAGGGAAGAAUAUUUCAAGAAAAUCAAUGAACCCUGUGCCGCACUGUUUGCGAAUAUUAUGAACAUGUUCUGGGAAAAAAAUAAAAGUAAACAAUAAAUCGAAAAGCAAUAAUUAUAUAAAAACAAUAUAUGAUUGAUA